AUGUCACGCAUCACGGGGUCCCGCAUGACACGAAGUCGGAGCCGAGAGGCAAAUACAGGGUUUAUGCCAAGCAAAGGAUCAUUGGAGCGAAAUUGGCUAACUGGGCUAACUGAGGAGCCUUCUACCCCUUCUCCGGGGUUUAUUAUGCCAAGACAUGUGAUACCCGAGUCGCCUGAAAACCACGAAGGUCAUACCAAUGUCUCUGGUACAACCCUGGGUCACAAUGAUGUGGAGCGGGUUGAUUCUCAAGUCGCCGAAAAGAUCGCGACCCACCUGCCGUUCGUUCAGCAGCAGGCGACCCUUGUGAUGAGUCUAUUGGUUCGCUCAGACAUGAACCCGGACAGCCUUGCAGCUGAGUCGAAAAGGCUCGUCGAUUCUAAUCACCCGAACCGCAAACGCCUGAGGCGAUCCGUGGAAGGGUUGUCCGAUGAACUGGAAGACUCUCCUCUUUCUCGUGAUGGCAAGUCAUUCUUGGACAUCUCUCAGGCUCGUCGUAUGCUUUCGUCCGCACAACUGGAUGCGUCCAUCUUAGAUAUUUACAUGACAAACUGCGCUCUGUUGACCCUCAACAUGUUCCUUCCCAGUAUGGGCACCGAGUCCCAGUCAGAGGUCAUUGAACAGCUGGAUUCCCAAUUCCCCGCAUGUGUCAUGAGCAACCUUGCAGACAGCUUUAUGUCACGGCCAUUUGGAGCGAGCAAUACCACAGAGGCCACGUUCAAUCUUGCCUUGGGUAUCCGCACACACUUUUUUAUCAUGGAGUUAGAAAGACGCCAACAUGAACAAGACUUCAGCCCACUCUCGAUCUUGAGACAGGUCUUUGCUAUGGACCUCGCGCCUAGUGAAGAUGACUCCCAGAUUAUGCCUGCCUCCUUCCGAGGGUUCAACUUGCCGGGUGUCUUGCAGGACGAUGAUGGCCAUCUUCCCGAACACCUCCCUGAGAAGUUUCUGGUCGCUGUUAGCGACAGAUUCAAUGAGCUUCACGAGGAACUUUAUGAGUGGGAUUCAGUUGAUAUUGAUGGGUUGAAGAAGGCAUACAGGUGGCGCUUGUUUGAACGGGACCUUGCACGUUGGAUCUACGCUCGUGAUAAAGAAAUUAAGGACGAUAUCAGACGCUUGGCAGAAAAAGUGCAUAACUCACCCGCAACUCGUCGCCUUACUUCUGUCCCGCUUGGAACUCCCAGUCGACGUCAGGCAUCGACAGUACCUCUAAGUGGUGCCAAAUCUCGUCAGGGAGACUUGUCCCAUCAGAAUCAAUCUCCACAGAAAGAACGAUCGCUGAACAUAGCCCCGGGGGUGGACAUGACAUCCGUUGCAGAUAGGGCACCUGAGGCGGAGGUGCCAUCCCAGGCAGAUAAACUAUCUGGAAACAACGUUUCUCGGUCAGGCACCGCUCAAAAUGUCCCAGAACAAACGGUCUCCGACCAGGUCGCGCAACUGGCAGCAAAGGAUCCGGGUCGGCGCAAGUCCAAAAGCAAUUUCCGAGACCCAGCCUCGCUCGCGGCACUUAUGAGGCGCCAGGCUACUAGUCAUCAACAACCUCUCUCGAACGUUGAAUCGCAGGCGCGAAAUCUUUCUACGCACACAAGCAUUGCGGCCCAAGCGAACAAUCCCGGCCCUUCUGCUGGUCCCAGAGCCGCCGAGUCUUUUGAAAUCCAACAAUCUCCUGAGUUGAGAUAUACAGACAUCGGCGAUGACUCUACAUACGUAAACAAUGACGAGGAGCUGAACCUCAGCCAGGGCCCAGAACCCGAUGUUAUAACAUCGACCAGCCCCCCUAACUCGGCUAGAAUCAGCCAUGUCAGCCACAAUCCUCGCUUCUUCGAUUCGCCCAGAGAUGAAGACACACGUCGAUCAGUCCCGGUCGCUCGGCGCUUCCUCGAUAAGCAGCAUAAUGCUGGAGUUGUUUCUCCAAUAAGCCAGUAUGAUACUCAAGGCCCAGGGAAUUCCACCGUGUUGGGCAAGCGAAAUCGGAAUGUUGAUCUCCUGGACGAUGACUCGAGCGACGGGUCAGACAUUGAAUUUGAGCAGAACAACCAGAACCUGAACCCGAGGCGCAGGGUCGAAAAGCCUCAGCAAAAUUUGCCUGCCGCAAAGCGCCAGCGUCCCCAGGAAAAUGUGCUAUCUGCCGGAGAACAGUUGCAAUCGGAUAUCAAUAAAUCGUUCCACCACAACUCCAACUCGACACAAUCGAGAGCUGAGAGUGACGAUUUCACUGAUGAAGAGACUACCGUUGGACAACAAGAACCGCCCCCUAGUACCCAGAGUCGCUGGGCUGCCUCUAAUUCCCAGGCUGCGAUAGCCAAUCGGAGAGUUCUGAAGACCAGUCACAGGUGGACAGAGGAGGAAGAUGAACGUCUGAUCCACCUCAUGGGAAUUUAUGGCACUGCCUAUGCCGCCAUAAAGAAGCAAGAUAACGCUUGCCCCCCGUCUGAAGGUGGUCCCAUGCUUGAACGUCGUUCUCAGGUGAAUUGCAAAGAUCGUGCUCGCAAUUUGAAAAGGAAGUACGUCAGAGAGGGUCGACCACUUCCACCGAACUUGGAGAAGGCAACAAAUUGA